UUUAUUAAUUCGAGUAUUUCUUCCAGAGCGAUAACACGUAAGGAUGUGUAUGAACCUUAUAUACAAUCAUUCUUUUUCUGUCUUCUAAACUAUUACGCUGUAGCAUAGGACUUGUCAACAUACCGGUACUGGCUGAAAUAAAGAUGUUUGAGGCUAAACCACCUGAGCUCAAUGGUAAAGUUCCGAAUCGUAGGCCUAGUCGAAACAUAUACCUGUUUGUCCCAAACAUAAUAGGUUAUAUACGGAUAGUGUUGCUUGGAAUUGCAUGUCAUCUUCUCUACCUUGAUUGGUAUUUAGAAGGUUCAUUCAUGUACAUUGUAUUCAUCGUUUUGGAUUACGUUGACGGAUAUUACGCACGCAAGCUAAACCAAUGUACCGUAUUUGGGGGACUGUUUGAUGCAAUGAUUGACCUUCUAGGGGAAACGCUGAUGUCGAUGCAUAUCGCAGUACGAUAUCCGAGCUACAUCAAUUUGAUACAGUUUCAUAUUUUUUUUGCUCUGGGUUGUGAAUGGUUAUCAACAAGUGCUCAUGGUUCAUGUGGCUCUAUGAAUGUGAAGACUUCGACCACGGCUCUCCUGAAGUUUUACUACGAUAAGAUCAUGGAUUAUUCAUGGUUUGGAUAUAAUGCCUUCCUUGCGCUUGUGAAUAUUUCCAGUUACAAUAUGGGGCCGAUAGUGCCACUGUUUUCGAUCCAUCUGGUCCCUCUCUUAUUGUUCAUAUUGUUUUUUUCUGUUUUAACGCGGUUUCUAUUCAAUUUGAUCAGGAUAUACGAGUCACUGAAAUUGUAUGAAGGCAUCGAGACAAGGAGACAGCUAGAGAAGUUCACAUAAAUUUUCUAGAGUGUCAAUCAAACUUAACCAAUCAGAACAGUGCCAGGAAUACGCGGGUGUCCAACAAACACACGUGUUUUGUAGGACCUUAGCAACAAUAUCCAUGGGGCGGGGCUUAGCGGCGGAAAAGUCCAUAUUUUCUGCUGAAGUGAGAUAUUAUCUUCAAGGGUUUAUGGACUUUUUUAGAGUGUCAAUCAAACUGACUAGGCCUAACCAGAACGUGUUAUUCGAUAGACGGGACCAGAAAUAAUCGUAUGUUACAUGAAGAACACAAAUUUAUAACCACACGGCUCUCGUAUUAUUAGUGGACGUUAGCAACAAAAUCCACGGGCUAAUUGGAACGGUCUAUUUUGUAGGACUUGCUAUUUAUUUGCUUUUAUAGGCACGUCUUUGGGCCAAGGAUUGCCAAGAGCGAAUACAGUAGAACCCCUAUUAAGGACUAAAUAAAGGCCCCAUAAUAGGGAUGUUCUCUGAAUAGGGGUUGUCCCUAGAUUUACAACUACAAGAUAUAGUUAUCGCUCGUUUCAUGGCUGAAAAAGUGUCCCAAAGAGGGUUCUAUUGUAUAUUACAAGGGGAAAAU